CUUAUUUUCUCUGCCUACAUUGUUUUUACCAUGCAGCUAGGCUUUGCCUUGCUAAGCACUGGUUCUGUACGGGCAAAAAAUGCCAUAAACACCUUGUUUACAAGUAUCAUUGAUGCUGCCUCAGGUGCCAUCUCAUACUAUCUGUUUGGGUUUGCUCUUGCCUUUGGUACACCUUCUAACGGUUUCAUUGGUGGAAAUCAAAACUUCUUUGGCUUAAGCUCUUUUCCAGAAGACUAUCGCUAUGACUAUGGAUUUUUUGUUUUCCAAUGGACUUUCGCCAUCACAGUCUCUGGUAUAACAAAUGGAUCUAUGGCAGAGCGCACAAAGUUUGUUGGUUACCUUCUAUACUCCCCUUAUCUAAUUGGUCUUGUCUAUCCAACAAUCUCCCACUGGUUCUGGUCGAAUGAUGGAUGGGCUAGUCCAACACGGUCUGAUAAGAAACUACUGUUAGGCCCUGGCACAAUUGAUUUUUCCGGUUCGGGAGUUGUUCACUUGGUGGGUGGAAUAGCUGGUUUUUGGGGAUCCUACAUUGUAGGACCAAGAAUUGGCCGAUUCAACGGAUCAGGUCAAUGCCUAGCAAUCCAUGGCCAUAAUGCAUCUCUUGUAGUGCUUGGUACCUUCUUGUUGUGGUUCGGAUGGUAUGGGUUUAAUGCUGGUUCAUUCCUCACGAUUUUGAAAAGUUACGACCAAUCUCGUCCCUACUACGGCCAAUGGAGUGCGAUAGGAAGAACUGCUGUCACCACGACGCUAGCUGGAAGCUCGGCGACAUUAACCACCUUGUUUUGUAAGCGUCUUCUUGUUGGUCACUGGAAUAUU